AGGUGCCGCCGCCGAGUCCGCCACCACCCCUCGCUCUCCGCUCCGCCUCAGCCCGGCCGCCUCGUCCCUGCGAGACUCGUGCCGCCGCAGCUGCUGCCUCGUAAGCUACCUCUCCUUGGGAGCCAGCGGGCCGGCGUUUUCACGAAUCCUCCAGGACUCAGACAGUUCAUAUCCCUCAUGGCGUUUGUUACUAAGAUUCAUCGUUCCGAGCUCUUCUUGGCCUGUAUGGCACACACAAGGACAUCUUCGCAUCCCCUUCACCGGGACCCGCACCGCCGUCUCCACUCCUGAACUCGGGUGCAUCUGUCCUGAACGUUCGGAGUCUUCCCAGUAUCUCGCGCAUGCCGGCCGAACGCAUGUGUCACCUGCGGCCUCCAGACAUCAUCUGCAGGCAAGGAAGCUCAGUCUCACGAGCGACCUUGGCCAGGCGCAGAGAACCUGCCUCUCGCCCGUAGGGCAUCCAUACCGACAUGGAAGUGGAAGUUACUAGGCAGAGUUUCUUCCACUGGACGCGUGUAAACGUCGCUCUGCAGGUGUUUCCCAUGCCCGAGCGCACCUGCGACGCGGCUCACACUUCCUCUCUCAGCAUGAGGCUUCGAGGGGGUGGCAAGCGCUCCUGUAGGUGCCUCGCAUCCUCUUUGCUGUGUUACCUUGACGUGCCGUCUGACACAGCCGCGCCAUCAUGAUGUACGUGAUGAACAAAUACGUCACGGAGGAAACGCAGUACUUGUAUCCAACCGACCCGGAGGAGAGAGCACGGGUGGACCGAAUGCUCUUCUUCGACAUGGGGACGCUGUACCACGCUAUCAAGGAGUACUUCGCCCCCAAAAUGCACCAGGGAUUACCUCCAGACCCCGACAAGGAGAACCUGCUGAAGACUAGCUUGGACUACCUGGACACCUUCCUGGAGACGGGCGGCGUCCCUUACCUGUGCGGCGAGAGGUAUACCAUCGCUGACAUUUCCGUCUUGGCGUCCAUCACUGAACUGGACGCCAUGGACUACUCCUACAAGUGCUACGGCGAAGUCCUCAGGUGGAGCCAGAGGAUGAAGGAGAACUUCCCGUUCUACAAGGAGUGCUGCGAGGAAGGAGUGGAGAUGACGAGAGCAAGAGUCAAGCAACUGGAACAAGACCUCAAGAAACAGCUCGAGAAGGAACGCAAACAGUCCAUCACGAAAAAGUAGACUGCCUCACGCCACACGACCCGACCAGGACGGAUCUGGCAGCACUGGGAAGACACGCAGUUGUUACAUGAAUGACUCGACUGUAUUUCAUAGUGUGAGCGGAACAUGUAGAAGAUAAAUUUGUUCAUUGGUGUGUAUUUUCAAUGCAUAAGAACCAAUAUGUAUAAAUAUAUUAUAUAU